AUGAAUAGCACCGCUUCUGAACGCCAGCCGCUCAUUCAAUCUUUGGCCGCCCAGCCUGGUGCAGCAGCAGGGGCUGUGAUACCACCGGCGGAGACGAAACAACCCACAAAAUUAGGACCUCUGGAGAUUACUCGCUCGACUCGCUACGGGAUUUUGGCUGGGAUUUGGGCAGCAACUUUCCUUUCCUCCUUGAAUACAACUCUGGUUGCUACGCUGCUCCCUUCCAUUUCUUCCGAGUUCAACAAGUCUCAUCAAGCACACUGGCUCGGAACAGCGUACUUGCUCGCGACAUGUACAUUUACUCCCUUGUAUGGGCGUCUCUGCAACGUCAUGGGUCGCAGAGGUGCCAAUCAAACCGCAGUAUUCUUUGCAGCCCUCGGUACCAUCGCGUGUGGGUUAUCAGGGAACAUGGAAACAUUGAUUGCAGCAAGAUUUCUAGGUGGAUUGGGUGGCGGAGGGAUCUUCACGACCGCAACGAUUAUCACGAGUGACAUGUAUAGUCUGAGAUCACGGGGUCUUACGCAAGGAAUUUCUUCUGUAUUCAACAGCCUUGGGAUGGGUCUAGGAGGUCCCCUGGGCGGGUACAUCAGUGAUCGUUUUGGGUGGCGAUGGGCGUUCCUGAUCCAGCUUCCUCUUUUCGUCAUCUCUUUCAUAUUGACCUCCAUCAAUUUACACUACGUUACCCCGGGUAAAGGCAAGAGUGCACGGGAUGUCCUGAAGCGCAUAGAUUAUGGUGGCAGCUUUACACUGCUAGGAUCGGUGCUAUCUAUUCUCAUCUUCCUCAGUAACCAUUUUAGCGAAGAGCAGCCGUGGUCUUCACCAGCAGUAUUUGUUCCCGUCAUACUGGCAAUCGUGUUUGCUGUGGCAUUUGUUGUUUUCGAGCUGUGCAUCGCACCAGAGCCCGUCCUAGCCCCCAGGUUACUCAAAGAACGUAUCCCGGUGCUUGUGGGAAUGAGUAACUUCCUCGUCGCCACCUGCAACUUUACUGUCAUGUACAACUUCCCUACGUGGUUCCAGACUGUACUACUCACCAGUGCAAGCGAGGCUGGCGCGCAUCUCAUCCCCAAUGGUGUUUCUAUAUCCCUUGGAUCACUCUUCGCCGGUUGGAUUAUGCAUCAAACGGGAAGAUACAAACGCUUGAAUCUCAUAUUCGGCUUGUUUCCUUUCGUUGCUGCAAUUUUGAUUAGCUUGAUGCGAGAAGACUCGCCGCCGGCACAACUGUGGUUGAGUAUUAUACCGCUAGGAUUUGGCAACGCCGUUGUCCUACAGACAAUGUUGAUCGCUCUCCUCGCCCAUCUUCCCGAGUCGUCAAUGGCCGUGGGGACGGGCUUCGGACAACUAUUUCGUGGGAUCGGUCAAGUUGGCGGGGUCGCCAUCUCGGCCGCUGUCUUUCAGUCGGUCCUGACUUCAGAGCUCCGCAAACGUAUCACAGGCAUUGGGUCUGAAGAGAUGAUUACGAACAUUCGACACUCUGCGACCCUUGUAGCGAGACUCCCUCCGGAUCUGCAGCGCGCAGCAAGAGACUCGUAUGCUAUCAGCCUGCGUGUAGUCUUUCUGAUGGCAGCCGGAUCUACCUUUCUAGCUUAUAUCGUGCGGUUGCCGAUUCCAGACAAGCCACUCGAGCGAACACGACCUCGGAGUACUUCUUACGGCGCAGUGUCUUCUGCGCACUCCGCACCGACUCAUGCGAACGAGACAGAGAGUAGUAUCGAUAAUGACGGACCUCAUGCGAGCGAUGAUGAUGAGGAUGCUAUUCCGCCUCUGAGGACUAGGGGCCCGCGUCCGCGACGAUUGUCUACUUACGAGUCCUCUGAUGGUGGCAUGGACCUAGAGAGCGAUACCAUUGGAGGAUCGGCAAGAGCGGACAGUCAUCGCUAA